AUGCAGGUCUGGGAUAAAGAUAUUAUUGAGACAGCAGGAGAUCGAUUUUACGACAAUGUUGUGGAGGAAUUUCUCGACGCACUCAAACAAAACAUCACUGGAGAGUGGUCUGAUCAAGUUGUGAAAUGGGAGAAAUGCAGCAAUAACAAGGUCGCUUGUCCUGAUGUCUACGCACUCUUUGAUGGUGAUGGACAUCAAGUGCCUCAAGAUCUAGUGGAAAAAGUUGGUAAGGUGUUUGAAACCAUUCUGGAAGAGGCUAACAAACUCAGGUAUGAAACAAAUGAAGACAUGUCUAUAGCACAGGCUAUUAAGCUAGUCAUGGAGAGGCAUUCAAUAUGAUGCAUUAUUAAUGAAUUAAGUCUACUUUAUGAGAUUUCAGAUUUUUUUAUUAUUCAUAGGCAUUUAGUUUAGAUCAAGUGACAUUUCUUUAUCUUCUUCUUACAGGUGGAGUUUGAAGGAUUAGGAGAAUUAAGAAGCAAGGAUGAAGAAGAUGAAGGAUUAGGAGAAUUAAGAAGCAAGGAUGAAGAAGAUGAAGGCAUCUAGUUUAUCUUCUUUAUUUAUCUAUUUGGUCCACUUCGAUCCAAGUACGAUGCAAACAUGGCAAGGAUGAAGAAGAUGAAGGAUUAGGAGAAUUAAGAAGCAGUGUUUUGUUACUCUUCUAGUGUUGUACAUGGUAAAAGUAGUUCAAAUGAUCCAACUCUUCAAAACUGGAUAUCAAGAUUAGGAUGUUGUGUUACUCUUCUAGGAUUAGGAUGUUGUGUUGUUCUACCUUUGUUUUAAUAGUAUCGUUGUCAUUUUGUUAGCUGCUUUUGAAAUUUCUUCGGAAUGUUGUAAAUAUUAUUUUCGAAUGUUAGAAAAUUAUAUGUUAAAUUUUAUUUA